UAUACGAUAUGUCUGCCUAUGACACCGACUCGCAAAAACUUCAGUUACCCCAUGAUCAUGGCGCUUGCAACAGAACCGAAAUAUCGGGAACUCAACAAAAACAAAGUACAUAGUAGCUUUCGCGCGAGAAACUAUCAUUGACCGAAUGAUCAAAUGACCAUGAAAGCUUAAAACAUAAUAUUUUAAAUCAUAUUUGAAUGAUAUCAAAAUAUACCCCCCCUAAUAUUAAUAUAUCUAACAUUAAAUUGAGUUUUAGCCAUUAAUUUUAACUAUUAUCCCUGCUAUCACAUACAUUUUUAUUGCUCUACCUUAAUUGCGCCUAUAUCUUUUAAAUGAAUUAAAUAAUCCUCUUAUUACUUUAUAAUCUAUCGGCCAUCAAUGAUAUUGAAAUAAUCAAUAAUCUGUGAAUUUGAUUUUUACAUAAUUCCCUCUAAUGAAAUAAAUAUUCAUUCAUUAGAUGUUGAUUAUCGAAUUAUUAUACCCAUAAAUAACCAAAUUUCGAAUAAUAGUCACAGCUACAGAUGUUAUUCACUCAUGAACUAUUCUUUAGGGAUUAAAAUUGUCGCUAAUCCAGGUCGUAUUAAUCAAACUAACAUCUUCUUAAACCGGCCUGGUAUUUUACUAGAUAAUGCUUAGAAAUUAGUGGGGCUAAUCUUAGUCUUAUUUAUUUUAGGUUAAUAAUUGCAUUUAAUAUAAUAUUUAAGUUCUUAGGUGAUUAACUAUAUUAAUUUCAUUUAAUUAUUUAUUUUAGGGUUUUUAUUACAAUAUUUUAUUAAUUCAAUUCAUAAUUAUUUAUUAUAUGACGAAAUGCAAGUACUGAUCUCUUAAACAAUUUUAUAGUUAUGUAUCAAUAGCUAAUAGUCAAAUAAUAAAGAAUUAGUUAAACUAAAACAAAAAUAUGUCAAAUUCAAAUAUUAUUUUUAUAAUAUUCUUUAAUUUUUUAAAUAACACUCAUUAAUAAUUAAAAUCAAUUGUAUUUAUUGUAUUUUUAAUAAUUUAAAAUUAUUAUAUUUUUAUUAAUGAAAUUAAUAAUUUCACCAAUAAUUAAAAAAAAUACUUUUUCUAUUAAUAAAAAUAUAUGAAAAUUAUAGAAUAUUUUUUUCUAUUUUAGAUCCUACAAGUAAUAUUUUUAGUUUAUUUAUUAAUUGAUGAAGAACAUUUUUUUGGAUAAUUAUUUAUUCCUUACUCAUUUUGACUUAUCCCUAAUCGUCAUUUUAUUUUUGUAAACAUUAUUUAAAGUAAAUUACACAAAUAGUUUAAGUUAUUAAUUGGAUUAAUAAUAACACAAAUGAUUCUACAUUUAUUUGUUAUCUAUAUUUACAUUUAUUUUAUUUUAUAUCUUUUAAGAUUAUUUCCAUAUAUUUAACUAGAACUAGUCGUAUUAUAAUACUAACUAUCAAUUUUCCUACCUUUAUGAUUAAGAUUUACGCUUUACGGAUGAAUGAAUAAUGCUCAACAUUAUAUGUACAUAUAAUUCCCCAAGAAACACCUACAGUUUUAAUACCAUUUAUAGUCUUAAUUGAAAUUACAAGAAAUAUUACGCGUUCUAGAACUUUAUCUGUUCGACUUACCGCUAAUAAAAUGUGUUUAUACAUUUAUUAAUAAUUAUUUUAUGAAAAACAUGAACUAAUAUACCGAAUUAUUCAAUAAUAUUUUUAAUCUUUAUUCAAAUUUUAAUAUUAAUCUUCGAAUUAGCAGUUGUAGUUAUCCGAUCAUAAAUAAUUGCCAUUUUAAUAAAAUAUAAUAUUUUUUUGCUUUUAAAUGAGGUACAUUGUAGAUUGAAAUAUAUUUGAGUUCAGCCCAUUUACCCAUCAGCGAUAGCAUGCAAAUAUUGAUAAGAUUACAAAGUCACAUUGGAUAUAUGUAUGUCAAAAUUAUUAAAAAAGAACCCUUUAUUUGAGUGUAAUUAAUUAAUGAAAAAUAAUUUUAACCAUAUUAAUACAGGUAUGAACAGAUGAUUAUAUGACUUUAAUAUAAAUCUUUUAAUUUUAGGAUAUAUUUUAUAUCUGUCAAGAGGGGACUAAACAAUGUAAACAUACCAUAUAAUUUUGUUUAUUUUUCCUGAAUUAUUUUUUUAUUUCUUUUUUCGAGCUUCUUUCAUAGAAGAUUAUCUCCUUCGAAAUUGGUGCUAUUUAAGAAUUAUUACAUUUAACCCAUUUAAAUUUUUUUCUUAUAAAUACUGUUAUUUAAUUACUUCUGGAGUAACAAUUACUCGAGCUCCACGUAAAUCUAAUAAAUGGCAAAUAAGUCAAUGCUUAUUUUUUACCAUUAUUAUAGGAAUUAAUUUUACAAUAUUUCGAGCUUAUGAUUUCUACGAAUUCCAUUAUCCCUUCAUUUUUUAAUUACAGUAUUUAAAAAAUAUAUAUAUUGAAGUUACCCUAAUUUCUCCAAUUAUAACUUAUUUAAAAUUAUUAAUUUCUUUAUUUGUACUAAAAUAUGUUUCUUUUUUAUUAUUAUUUUAUUACUAGGACUCUACCAUAAACGAAAUCAAAAUAUAUUAAAUUGAACAAAUUAAUUAAUUAUAAUACAUUAAUGACAACGUAGAACAAGUUUGUUAUUCUAAUACAAAUUACAGUAAAAUCUAUAACAAAUUUCAGCAAUUUAAUUUUUACGGAAUCCUUGGUACGCGAGUCAGACUUAUCUAGUUCAUUAAUUAUUUACCCUGGAUAAAACCUUUUCAUAAUAUAAUAUUAAGAUACAUAAAUUACCUUGCACAAUAUCAGUUCACGGUAAAAUUUCAUGACAAUUCAAAUCAACAUUUAAAAAUUUAUCAAACAUGAUUUAAAAAUAAACAUAUUCGGCGGCACUUCAGAUUAUUCAAAUCUGUCAAAUUUAUUUAUUUGAUUUCAAACUCUAAUGUGUUGAUGGUAGAUUGUAAAAUCAACUGGUGAAAUUUGAUAUAUUAUGGUAAUCUGACGAGCAGUCGUGUGUACCAACCGAUAUUAUAGCAUAUUACUGAAAUUACACUACAAUUCACUCUCAUAUCACUCUUAAACGAAUGAAACGAAAUAAUUUUAAAGCUGUACAAUCUAAUACGCAACACUGACAAGCUCAUUAACUUGUACGAUAAGAAAUAAUCACGCGCAAUCUUUCACAUUUAUCUCCAUAUAUAUAAAAAGAAAAAGCUUAUGUUGCUUAUUUUAGUAACGUCAACAGUGAGAACUUACCCAACUCAAAAAUGUCUCCAAAUGCUACUGAAUUGGACAUCGUCGAUGGGAACGUCCAAAAUGGUGCAAAAGAUCAAAGCUUUUCUGCUCCUCAAGAGAAAGUGGCGCUGAAAGCCGUCAGAUCUGUUACAACAUUAGUCACCCAUAUGUUGGUCGGGAUAGUGGUUGGAAUAUGUGUUUGGUACGCCCUGCGUUUUGGACUCCCGUUGACAACGACACUCCUACAUAUACUACUAUGCGUGAUCGGGUUUCAACUUCUGAUGGCCGAGUCAAUAUUGGCGCUGGCUCCGGACAGUUGGUUAUCCAAUAUGAAACUGAAACACAAACGAUUGAUCCAUUGGGUAAUGCAAAUAGGAGGGUCCGUAGUGGCUAUCGUAGGCUGCAUCCUCAUGAGUCUUAGCAAGAGCAUUAAUUUUAACACCUUACAUGGACAGUUUGCUCUGGUAUCCAUGGUAUUCACCGUAGCUUCUCUAUUGAACGGUCUGACGUCACUAUACGCAUACGAGCUACGUAAAUACAUACCCGGUAUAUUAUCCAGGCUGACACACAUAUGUUUCGGCAUCGUGGCGUUCGCAACUGCUUCCAUCAGCCUCUGUUACGGUAUCGACAAAGGUGGCUUCAGGAACUGGGCCACCACCCAAUUCGCCGACGCUCUGAUCGUCAUGACGGCCAUUUUCACCGUAAUCAUUAUUAUCAAUCCUUUCGUCACUUUCUUUAAUAAAUUCCGUGGAGCCGUCUCUAACUAA